UUACUCCCUACUGGGGCACAUCACAUCCACUAGGGGUCGCCCUGCCCCUCCUAACCUCAAUCAGAGGUUGCCAGCAUUCCUGGAUUCUUGCUCACCUCCAGUUUAUUUCCUGAGGAUGCACAGGUAGACUCCAUUGUCCAGGAUCACAUCCACCACCAGGAACCUCCUGGAACUACUUGCAGGGAGUUCAGUCGUUUUUUUAGUCUCAACAGAACCCGAGGAGGUUUGUCUUUUUCAUUUCUGUUCUGAUUUGAAUACUUUACCAUCUCUGAAGUGAAGAGAUGGCCAACCCAGGUAUUCAGCUCCUCGGCUUCACACUGGCCUUCUUGGGCUUCAUCGGCUCCAUAGCAUCCACAGUCAUGGUGGAGUGGAAAGCUUCGUCCUAUGCAGGAGACAACAUCAUCACGGCUCAGGCCAUGUACGAGGGACUGUGGAAGACCUGUGUAUCACAGAGCACGGGUCAGAUUCAGUGCAAAGUCUAUGACUCUCUUCUGCAGCUACCAGGGAUUGUUCAGGGCGCUCGAGGCCUGAUGCUGUCCUCUAUCUUGCUUUGCUUUAUUGCAACCAUGGUGUCGGUGGUGGGCAUGAAGUGCACCACCUGCAUGGGGGAACAGCCGGAGCAGAAGGACAAGGUGGCGCUGACUGGCGGGAUCGUCUUCAUCAUUUCUGGUCUGCUUGCUCUGGUUGGAACAUCCUGGUAUGGGCACAGAAUAGCACAGGACUUUUACAACCCAUUUACUCCCACUAAUUCAAGGUAUGAAUUUGGAAGUGCUCUGUAUGUGGGAUGGGGCGCUGCAAGUCUCGUCAUCAUCGGGGGGUCCUUCCUCUGCUGCGGCUGCCCCGCCAAAGACUCAGGGAAAUCUCCACGCUACCCAGCGUCCAACUCUGGCGGAGCGACGGGCAGGGAUUACGUGUAGAGGGGCCAUCCCUCCCUUCAGCCUCCGCUCAUGGAGGAGUGAUAAACAGCAUGUCUGUUCGCAGCUGUUGUAAGGGCUGUUUGUUCAAGGUUUCGGUUUCGUCCAUAUGAGAAUAUCAUUUCUUUUUAUGAGAAUAUCAUCUCUUUUUGUUAUAAAAUAAAUGUUCUGACACUUUCACAUGUGAACAAUGAAUCGAUAGUAGAAAUGACAGCAACAAUAAAUGAUAUAUCUUAAAUGUCACUUGAAAUUGUAUAGUAAACCAUAAUCAUUAAGUAAGAACUCUAUUUGUUAACAUUUGUUUUAAGUGUUUUUUGCAUUAUAAUAUUUUUUUUGAGUUUAAAUAUCACAACAAGUAUAACUUUGCCCACAAGAGACAUCUCAGGGGUCUGUACAGUCUUUGCAGCUGAUAACUACUUUAGUUAGAUUUGUGUUGCUUUGCUUUGUUUGGAUGCUUCUUUAUUAUUUGAUCACAUGUAAAAUAAAAAUCUUUGUUACUCUAA